AAACAAGGCUGGGCUUCGAAAACAGCGCCUGACACCCCACCCCCGCUCCUUGCUCCAUCGCCUUGGAGUCUCGGUGCGGGAACUAAUUUGCCUUUCCAAUUAAGGCUUUGGCGAGCACAGGACCUCCGUAGGAUGCUUCCCAACAGAAACAGCUGAAAAUGAAGUUUAAAUUGAAGAAAAUUCAGUAUCUGAUUUUAAUUGAGAGGUUCCAGGACAGGCUAGCAGUAGGUGGUGGGUGAUGCUCCUGGUUCUGUUGGGCUUGUUCCCUUGUCCAUGGCGCUCAUAGCUGGAGAAACUUUUUAUGGUCACUGUGGGAGCUUCUGAGUCUUGAAUUUCAGCAUGUCAAUUAUUAAAACUUACUUUGGAGACUUUGGUUUUUUUUGGAGAGCUUUUGAUCUUAAAACAACAACAAGCUUGAAGAAAUUUAAGACUCACUUGAUAGAAGUGUAAUGAGAUCAUCACGCUAUUUUCUCCAUGUGGAUGAAUGGGAUUGGUUUUUGAAAUCACGGGGCCUGUAGUUCUGGAUUCUGAAGUCCUUGGCUUUCUUGAAAGGAAUCUAGACCCAGGUCAUCAAAUUCGUGCUGUUCAUGGGUUCCAGGUUUGUGCAGGGUCAGCUGUGAAUUCUUGUAGAAGAUUGAUAGCUCUGCCAACAGUUGUCUACAGCAGAAGAUGGGUGGAUUAAUUUCAAGAUGGAGGCAGGCAAAGCCUUCCACUGUAGAACUAUUAGAAAAAAUUGAUAAGGAAAUACAGACAUUAGAAGAAUUUAGAGAAAAAAAUCAAAGGCUACAGAAAUUAUGGGUUGGAAGGCUGCUUCUCUACUCUUCACUUCUUUACCUUAUCACCUGCUUAAUUGUGUAUUUGUGGUGUCUUCCUGAUGAAUGGACAGCAAGGUUGAUUAUGACGCUUCCAUUUUUUGCAUUUCCAUUGAUAAUCUGGUUUAUAAGAACACUGCUCAUUUUUUUCUUUUCCAAAAGGACAGAAAGGAAUAAUGAUGCCCUGGAAGAUUUAAAAUCCCAAAAGAAAAAAAUACUUGAGGAAGUAAUGGAGAAGGAAACUUAUAAGAAUGCUAAAUUAAUCCUUGAAAGGUUUGAUCCAGAAUCAAGUGCAAAGGAGGCUGAACUACCAUCUGCUGGAACAUCUGCAACCCCAAGACCUGGACAAGAAAUUCGUCAGAGGACCACAGCUCAAAGAAAUGCUUCUAUGCCUUCACCUGCAACGUCCAAACAAGGCUCUCCAAAAUCACUGGUUCCAGCAACUCCUAAUCUGCAGAGAGAGACAUCAGCUCUGAGUGGACCCCCAGAAAGAACUGUUGUGCCAUCCUUGCAGUCAAAUGUUUUACCAAGACGCCCUGGAUCCCCUGCUACUUCAGUGCCUGGAAUGGGUCUUCAUCCUCCAGGCCCUCCUUUAGCAAGACCUAUUCUUCCUCGAGAAAGAGGAGUCGUGGACAGAGUUAUUGAAUAUUUGGUUGGUGAUGGUCCUCAGAACAGGUACGCCCUUAUAUGCCAGCAAUGUUUUUCUCACAAUGGUAUGGCUUUGAAGGAGGAGUUUGAAUACAUAGCAUUUAGGUGUGCCUACUGCUUUUUCUUGAAUCCUGCAAGAAAAACUAGACCUCAGGCUCCACGACUUCCAGACUUCAGCUUUGAAAAAAAGCAGUCUACAGAAUUGAGAUCUGAAACGGAGCCUCUAGAACCUAAAGAGAGAAAGCCCCAGGAGGCUCAACAGACAGAAGAGUCUGAAGAAGACACGUCCCAGACAAAUGAAACAUAUGAUAAAGCACCAAGUCCUGAGCAGCUAAAUGAUAAGCUAGCUGAAGAAGUUGAAAAAGAAGAAGCAGAAAACAUUUCAACAACCGAAGACUCUAUUUCAGAGUCUAUUUCAGCUGAACAAAGUGAAGAAUCUUUAAUGAAAGCAGAAUAAAGUAUUUCCAAGUGCCUUCUGUAGCUAGUUUUUUAGCUUUGUUCAUGCCUGUUGUUACUAUUCAGGUGAGCUUUUUUUAAUGGUACAACUUAAAAAUCUCGCUUGAGCUUAAACUGCCUCAAAUGCCACAGUAUGUCAAAGCUAUGUGUAAAAGUGGGUAUUGUAAAUUAAGCAUGUGUCUUUAAAUAAGUUAACACACAGAAUGUAUAGUUGGUUGAAGUCUAACAGUUGUAGCCAUAGUUCAGUUUGCAUAUUUAAAAACUUAGAAGUACAAGCUUCUCUAAGGGUGACCUGUAAUUUGAGAUCUCUUUAGCUGUCGUACAUAAAGAGCAAUUACUGGCAGCAACUGACCUAGUAAGUUUGGUCUAGUGAACGAAAGAUACUUUUUAAUGCUUCCCUGUUAAAAUCAAUUGAGUGAAUCUUAAAUACACAGAUGUUUACAAGCUAAAGUCUCAUCCGACAUUUGACUUAGGCAUAUGGAAGUGUCAUUGCAGUGGUGUUAAUGUUAUUCAUUGUCUAACUUUUUGACAGAAUUCAGUUAAAUGGCACUCAGAUAAAUGGCAUCUCCUUUGGUAUUUGCAUUGCAGAUGAACCAGAGGCAUGUACAUACAAAACUGUUUUGUGUUUACAUAAAAUAUAGAAAGUCUCUGCACUUGAUUGUACUUGAAGACAAAGCACUAUUUAUACCUGUACAAUAAUGACAAGAUAUAAGUGAAUUUUGUGCCUUUGUGUAUUUUGUUAAGGAAAAUAAAGACAUCUAGCAGUAAUACUUGGUUUGUGAUUCCUAAAACUGAAGAGAGUUUCUGUUCUGCUGUGUGCAGCCAUCCUGCAGUUACUUUGUGGAAGUUCAGAAGGAGUAUGACACCUUAAAAGCAGCCUGUCUAUAUGUAGCUAAGGUGGCUUUGAUAGAAUAGAGAUGAUCUCUGAUCAAUAGGGGAAGUGCAGUGACAAGACAAGGGGUAAUGGUUUUAAACUAAACCAGGGUAGGC